AUGGAUACCUUCGAUGACUCGCUGCAAGAACUCCCCGAUGAGAUCUCCCGGCUACAAGUGAAGGCCCCGCUGGUGCUCUCGACACCCCUGCAGAUCGGCCAGGCCGAAAAAGCGAAGGAGUUGCUCAAGGGCCAGAUCGCGGGUAUCUUCAGCGGUGCGACUAUGCAUACUCCCAUGAAUGUCACGACGCUCUUGGCCGAUUCGGUCAUUUCUAUUGGAGGCGAAAGCACUAUUGGUCUUGGGAAGGCGAUCAGCAUUCGCACUAGACUACCGCAUAUUUUGUAUUCCGACUACAUAUUCUUUAGGGAAAUGACUCCGAUUCUAAGUGAGACUGCCAAUGGAUUGAAGAAGACUUGCUCGGAGCCCAAAAUAUUGCCCGGCACGGUCAUCUACGAUGUAGAUCUCACAAUGACCUCGCCGGUGCCUAUGAGUGCCACUAGCGGUCCGAGGUUCUUUACGCGCGCAACACGAACACAAUCAUCAACAUGGGCGCUCGAGGGUAUACGGGCACUUGCGUCCUCCCUUCCUGAAAUUAUUGAGAAGCCUUCUUCUCAAUCUGCACGAUCCAAGGCAUUGUAUGGUGCCUGGCUCUGUGGAACAUGCCUGGGCAGCGUAGACAUGUCCUUCCGAUCUUCCCCACAUUGA